AUGGCCUCAAUGGAUGCAGUGCUAGGAGGGUAUGAAACCCGGCAAGCCGUGCUUGAGGCAAGCAACAACAACCCUUUCUCUCAGGGAAUUGCCUGGGUCGAAGGCGACCUAUUUCCGUUGGGGGAGGCACGCAUUCCACUGCUCGAUCAAGGUUUCCUUCAUAGUGACCUUACCUAUGACGUGCCAGCUGUCUGGGAUGGACGAUUCUUCCGCCUUGACGAACAUAUCGAUCGAUUGGAGGCAAGCUGCAAGAAACUACGUCUCCAGCUCCCGUUGCCAAAGUUAGAAAUCAAACGGAUAUUGGUGGAGAUGGUGGCUAAAUCUGAAAUUCGCGACGCCUAUGUGGAACUUAUCGUUACCCGGGGUCUCAAAUUUGUCCGCCAGGCCGACCCGAAAGAUAUUGUCAACAGAAUAUACAUGUUUGUGCAACCUUACGUCUGGGCUAUGCCACCUGCUAUGCAACGGACCGGUGGAAAGGCUAUUGUUGCAAGAACGGUCCGCCGAGUCCCUCCUGGAUCGGUGGAUCCGACUAUCAAAAACCUGCAGUGGGGAGACUUGAUACGUGGCCUGCUGGAGGCCGUUGAUCGGGAUGCUAACUAUCCUUUCCUAACGGACGGGGACGCAAAUUUGACCGAGGGGGCUGGCUAUAACAUUGUGCUUGUUAAAGAUGGUGCCUUGUAUACUCCUGAUCGGGGCGUGCUCGAGGGCGUCACUCGCAAGACUGUCAUAGAACUUGCACAAAAGAACGGCAUAAGUGUCCACGUUCAAGUUGUCCCAGUUGAGAUGGCCUUCCAAGCAGAUGAGAUAUUUAUUUGCAGCACUGCUGGAGGCAUUAUGCCCAUUACAUCCAUUGAUGGCCAACACGUCAAUGGGGGCCAAAUCGGGCCUGUCACUAAGCUUAUCUGGGAUGGGUAUUGGGACCUGCAUUACAACCCUUCUUACAGCUUUGCAAUCACUUAUGCAGACUGCAAGAGAGACUGUGAAACGGUUGUCUGA